CUUUUAAUCACAGAAGUCGUUGUUUUCUUUCAGUGUCAGUAGUUGUUGUUCCGGCACAGGCUUUCUACACGUUAUCCCUGGACUAUUGAAAACUUGAAGUGCUGCUUCCCCUGCAAUAUCAAAUUUAUGGAUGAGGAGACAACUCCAGUCUGCCAGUAUGUUCUUGAGGAAGAAGUGCAGAUAUGGAUCACGUAAGCUGCAGUUUCUCUUGUUGUUGCUGAUGCUGGGCUUUUUGCUACUGAUGGUUACAACGCUGAAUCCACCACCCAGCAACCAGCACAGGGAAGGGACUUUCCAGCCGGUGGAGUUCAACCCCCGGGAAGGGUAUCAGGUGGACUUUGCGGAGACCCAAGAGAUGCUGGAGACCCAGGAGGAGAGCCAGCAGUAUUACCCCCUGGAUGGGCUGUCGCCUUUCAUCUCCCUGCGGGAGGAUGAGUUGAUCGUGGCCGUCGUGUCGCCCACCGGCAAAAGGAACCACAGCAAGGCCAGGAAGGGCUACCGGGUGGUGAAGCAGCAGAGCAGGCGGCCGGAGGGGAGGGCAGAGGGUGACCCGGAGCCCCAGCUCCUGCCCCUUCCCCUGCAGGCUGGGGAAGGGGCUGCCGCUGAAGGGGAGCGGCCGCUCAGCCUGGAAACCCACGGCUUUAACGAAGCGCUGAGCGAGCGGAUCUCUCUGCGCCGGGAGCUGCCUGAGGUACGACACCCGUUGUGCCUACAGCAAGAAUAUGACUCCAGUCUGCCUACUGCUAGUGUCAUCAUCUGUUUCCAUGACGAAGCCUGGUCUACCCUGCUGAGAACCGUGCACAGCAUUAUGGACACGGCCCCCAAGGCCUCCCUCAAGGAUAUCAUCCUAGUCGAUGACCUCAGCCAGCAAGGGCCCCUGAAGUCAGCUCUGAGUGAAUACAUCUCUAAACUGGAUGGUGUGAAACUAAUCCGGAGCAACAAGAGGCUUGGAGUCAUACGAGGUCGGAUGCUAGGAGCUGCACGGGCAACUGGGGAUGUGCUCAUCUUCAUGGAUUCACACUGCGAGUGUCAGAAGGGCUGGCUGGAACCCCUCCUAGCCAGGCUGUCCAGCAACCGAAACAGUGUCGUCUCCCCUGUCAUAGAUGUCAUAGACUGGAAGACUUUUCAGUACUAUCACUCUGUGGGCCUGCAUCGAGGUGUUUUUGAUUGGAAGCUCGAUUUUCAUUGGGAACCAGUGCCAGAGCGUGAAGAGAAGGUACGACAGUCUCCCAUCAGCCCUAUCAGGAGUCCUGUGGUAGCUGGUGCAGUGGUGGCCAUGGAUCGACAUUACUUCCAAAACACUGGAGCUUAUGAUUCUGACAUGACCACGUGGGGAGCAGAAAAUCUGGAGCUAUCUAUAAGGACCUGGCUCUGUGGUGGCUCUGUAGAAAUUAUUCCAUGCUCCCGAGUUGGGCAUGUCUAUCGAAAUCACUUUCCCCAUGCUUUCUCCUAUGAAGAUGCCAUUGUGAGGAACAAAAUCCGAAUAGCAGAGACCUGGCUGGGCACUUUUAAAGAGAACUUCUACAAGCAUGACACAGUGGCUUUCUUAAUCAGCAAGGCAGAGAAGCCGGACUGCAGUGAGCGCCUUCAGCUACAGAAAAGACUGGGCUGUAGAAAUUUCCAGUGGUUUGUAUCAAAUGUGUACCCUGAACUCUCCCAGCCUGAAGACGCACCAAGAUUCUCUGGCAAGCUUUACAAUACUGGUGUUGGCUUCUGUGCAGAUUACAGACCUGGAAGAGCCAUUGCAGAAGGCUCUAUCGAACUCUCCCCUUGCAGUGACAGUCUCACCCAGCACUUUGAAUAUAACAGCAUGAAGGAAAUCCGGCUUGGUUCUGCUCCGCUGUUUUGCUUUGAUGUCAGACACGGGAAGGUUAUCCCUCAAAACUGUACAAAGGAGACAGACAACAGCCACCAGCACUGGGAUGUCCAGGAGAACGGAAUGAUUGUCCAUGUCCUUUCUGGCAAAUGCUUAGAAGCAGCAAAGAGUGAAGAUGAGAAGGACUUGUUUUUGUGUGUCUGUAACAAGAAUGCAAAUCAGGUGUGGCAAUUUGAACAAUCCCAUGUGCUACGUCAGAGAUGAAUGACAGGUCAUGACAGAGAUGACUGUGGGAAUCAAAUUUCCAAAAUUUAACAUUACUUCUGUUUGGGAUUGAAGAUACAUUUCCUGCAUGGACAAGAAAGAUGUUUGUGUUUGCUGUAGCAUGCAGGGAAGUUAGGAAGGUCUCUCCUUUGAAAGCCUGGUUCAAAUAGUUGCCGCCAGUUCCUGGUUUAUUCAGCUCUAGCUAAAAUUUCUAUUUAUUCUGUGAAGCAGGGAAUAAAGAUACUGUGAGCAUCAAUAGAUUCUCAAUUCUGCUAUUGCAGAAGACAGUUAAAUUUGCCCUUUGAAGGAAACGUGGAAAAUUGGCUGCCAGACAGCUUGUCUUUAGCAUUCUGUGACUUCUGAGGAUACAGGAAAACGAAUGUUUGUGAAACUUUUGAAACUGCAAGAGGAAGCCAGCCAAACCAGGAUAAGAGUUUAACCUUGUUUUACAGUGCACUUGACUCAUAUAAAACAAAGUAGGUUUUGUAUGCAUGAAAGUAGUGGAUGUUUUAACGUGUAAUAGCUAGAAGUUUGUUUUCCAACUAGCCUGAGCCAAAUGUCUACCCUCUACGAGAUUGCACAGAGCACAAAUUAGCACUUAAUUAGGCACUAACUGCUCUAGUUGACUUGGAACACCAACAGUCCUCAGCGUUUGGCACACCCUUCCUUACAUCCUUCGUCCACAGUCUAAUUUGGAUGGGAUAAGACUGAAAUAUUAACAACUUUUUUUUUUUGUUUUAAUGAAAUUGAAAAACAACUUUUCAGGAAACUUUUGUGGAAUAUGGAAGAAGAUUGAACUAGGUUCGAGAGAAGGGUAAAACCUUCCCUGCUUAUUUUGAAAUGGGAAGUAUCAGUGGCAUCCGUUUGCUCUUACAAAUCUAUGGGAUGAGCUUAUUAUUAUUCCAGUGACAAAGGUGCUGGCUGAAAACAGCAAAGGAAGGGAAAUGGCAGGUUUCAACAGUGGCUACCUAGGAAGAAAAUACUGCUGCCUACUUCCAGUUGCCUGCAUCCUGAGAUAAGUCUUUCACAAUGUGAAAGUGAGUAAGUCUUUCACACUGUCAAGUUUUAGCCAAGAAGAUCUUUUAGAUUCUUGGUGUUGUAGGUCUCCAAGCUGUUUUUCCAAAGACAGUAGCAUACAAAAUUGUCUAAACAAGCUUCUUCUGCAGAGCCCGCAUCCCUGCUGACCUCCUGUCUUUCAAAGAAGUGAAGGAGAGUUGAUGUUAGGUAAUGAAAAUGCUCUCAUACAGUAGGCACUAGCAAAGCAAACGUCUCUUGGUAUUUUGUUAGGGCACUUUCAAUUUUGGAGUUAAAACCAAUAAUGACGACACUUUCCAAGAGCCUGCUAAGAUAGAAGAACAAAGAUUUGGGAGUCUUCCCACAUCAGCACCACACCUGAUUAGUAGUAUAAAUCAGUCAUAACCAUAUGUAUUUAUUAAAGGGGAAGGGUAUCCUUAACGAAUCUUAAUUUGUUUUUGAGAUUUUUUUCAAAAGACAGAAAACUGGGGGUUUUUGUAAAAUGUAGAGCACAUUGUUUGAACUUUAGACAAAGGAAUAACAGAAUAUUCUGCUCAGAGCCUUCUAGUCACCUGCUCUUGGUAAAUCAUAAUAAAUUAGCUUCGAGCAUACAAAAUUGGUUACAACAGGAGAAAAGAACAGCAUUCUGUGAUGUGUUGUCCAAAAUAUUUCCCAGUGGGCUCUCUGUUUGCUUUGAGUGCAACAGAUUCCACACCAUGUCCAGGCAUCACUCCAAUUACCCUAAUUACCACUUACUCUGAUAGCAUCAGAAUCUAAUACCAUUUGCUGAUGUGUCAUUUAAAAUUUCCUGUGACAUUCUUGAAAAUGCUUCAACUUUCGGCUGAAAGGGUGGUAGCAACUUCUUCCAGAACACCAAGUGAUCCCUAUUCAUUGCCCAAAUCUAGGGUGAGGAAAGAGAAUUUCUAAAAUUGCAUAAAAGAUGAGUGAGAUGCUGUUUUAAUGACAUGUGAUUCCUUUAUUUUAAAUUAAAAGUAUGCCAGAUUUUUUAAUUAUGUAUUAUUUAUUAUAUUUUGGACUCUACACUGGGAAUAUCAUUCCUUCAGCAUUUAGCUUAAUGUUAAAAGAGUGUGUAUACAAAUAUGAUAAUUGAUCAUAAGUGAGAUUUAUCACAAAGGAGAAUGAAAAUAUUUUUGUUUUAGAGAGGAAAAGUUUGGAAUAAAACUUAAGAGAUGUGGACAUCCUCAUACUGCUUUUUAACAUAAUGGUAAAAACCUAGAAAAUAAGGUUUGCUGUAGGUAUAUGUACAACAGAAAUAUAUGUUACAUAAUACCUCUUCCAACAAUAAAAUGAAAUUUAUGUUCCCGUACCAUUUUAAAUGUAAUUAUCAUUAUAUUUGUUGCUUUUAGUAACAGUGUAACUGUGUGUUUGGUUUCCAAGAGAACUAAACUCCAGAGCACCAGGUCUCCAUAUGGGGACAGCCAGGGGACACGGACUGCGGGCCAAACUAUGGAGGACGCUUCCCUCUAAUAUAAAAAUAACUUAUUAUUACACACACACAAAAAAAAAGAAAGGGAAAACAUCUUUCUCCUCCUUUUCCUAGUUUCCUUCCUGUAUGCCUUCUAAAUGGAUCAGUUGGUUGUACCAAUGCUGUUUCCCCAUUGGGGUGCUUUACACUCCGCCCCUGUGGUUAGAUCCAUGAACUAGACCCUUCUCCUCACGCAGGUGGUUACAGGGGGCUCAACCUCUGCUAAGGGUGCUGGGGUGUCUUCCUCAUUCUUGCCCACCUGUCACACACCACUAGCAGACGGCGAUGCUUUGAGCAUCCCAAAACAUGAAAAUACUUUUAGCUCUGUAUUUAGACAGGGACAACAUUUCAGGUUCCUCUGAUUCCUAUUGACAGGAGAGAAGCGUAAGAACAAAACGUUUCAGGCAAGAACGGAGUGGCAGUUUUGACUUUGAAGGCCUCCAAAGUAGAGCCUCAGGCAAGAGCAAAGGAAUUCCAGCAUAACAGGAGUAAACAUCUUAUAGUCUAACUCCACCUGUUUCUUUGAAUUUGGCAACCUAGCCAUAAUGAAUGCUUGGAGCCAAACCCACCCACGAAGCUGAGCUAAAAGGUCAGAUUGCAGAAAGAGGUCACCUUUCGGUUGACAACGCUUACUAAACAGCCUGGUUUGUUCCUCUUCCAGUUAACUGGAAAUUGAAGAAUAUAAAG